AUGUUCCUCCAGCGCUCUGCCAUUGCCGCCGCCAGGCGCGCGGCCCCUGCCGCCGUCGCUCGCCGCACCUUCACCACCACCUUUGUGCGCCGCGACGCGAAGCCCGAGGCCACCCACGAGAAAGAGGCCGGCCACUCCGCCAACGCCCCCAGCGUCCUCGAGGGCUUCAAGAAGCUCGACCAGAUCAAGGCCAUGGAAGACCUCAUCCCCCCUGGUGCUAAGCCCGGUACCGUGCCCACCGAUGCUGAGCAGUCGACCGGUCUCGAGCGUCUCGAAAUCCUCGGAAAGAUGCAGGGCGUUGACGUCUUCGACAUGAGGCCCCUCGACGCCAGCCGUCUCGGCACCCCGGAGGACCCCAUCGUUGUCAACUCUGCCGGUAACGAGCAGUACGUCGGUUGCACCGGCUACCCCGUUGACUCGCACACCGUCCUGUGGAUCACCCUCUCCCGCGACGAGCCCCAGUCCCGCUGCAUGGAGUGUGGAUCCACCUACAAGAUGCACUACGUUGGCCCCGCGGAGGACCCCCACUCCCACGACCACGGCCACGACCACCACGAGAACCCUUACCCCAGGCCAAAGAACAUGGUCGACUUCCUCAAGCCCGAGUAUUUGCACGUCUAG